AUGGCAGAAGACAAGUCACAGGUGAAGCUUAGAUUCUUCACAAGAGAGCAGGAUGAAUCUCUACACGUUGCGGACACUCCGAUAUUCGCUCCUAUCUCAUUGAAGAGGUACGGUUUAUCAGAAGUCGUUAACCAUCUGUUAGAAACCGACACCGUGAUCCCAUUCGACUUUCUUAUUGAUGGGAAAUUGCUGCGUACUUCCUUGGAGGAGUACCUGGUCGCAAAUGGGUUAUCCUCGGAAACGUUUUUAAAUGUUGAAUAUACCAGAGCGGUUCUUCCACCUUCGUUUCUGAACAGUUUCAACAAUGAGGAUUGGGUUAGUGCAUUGGAUGUCGGUGACAACAAACAUUUGAUCAGUGGGUCCUAUGACGGUGUCUUGAGAAGUUAUACCAUGUCUGGUAAGGUCGUCAAACAAUACGCGGGUCAUAAUGGUGCAAUCAGAGCAGUCAAGUACAUUUCGAAUACAAGAUUGGUAUCGGCUGGUAACGACCGUAGCGUACGUCUAUGGAAGACAAAAAACGACGAUUUGAAACCGCUUAAUAACGAUCUGCAUGACUUGGAAGAUGAUGAGGAUGAUAUCGAAGACGGUAAGACUUUAGCUAUCUUGGAAGGUCAUAACGCCCCGGUCGUCUCUCUUGACAUAUCAAGCACUGCUAGGAUUUUAUCUGCAUCAUACGAUAAUAGUAUUGGGUUAUGGUCAACCAACUACAAGGAUAUGACUAUUGUUGAUCCAAUGGAGGAAAUCAAAAACGAUUCGAAGAUGUCAACUUCCGCAAAGAAGAGAAGAAAGCUAAUAUUGAAAGACGGGACCAUCAGAAGACGUGGUCCUUUGGCUCUUCUAGAGUCUCACAACGCUCCAGUAGAACAAGUCAUCUUCGAUGCCAAUGACAACACAGUCGGUUAUUCCGUCUCACAGGAUCACACCAUCAAAACAUGGGAUCUGGUGACUGCACGUUGUGUCGAUACGAAGACUACUUCAUAUUCCCUACUGUCUGUUACUCAAAUGAAAUCUUUGAACUUAUUGGCAUGUGGUUCAAGCGCAAGACACAUUACAUUACAUGAUCCUCGUGUCGAUUCUUCUUCAAAGAUUACACAGCAACAGUUAGUAGGUCACAAGAAUUUUGUCGUCUCCCUAGAUACUUGUGCAGAAAAUGAGUACUUGUUAUCUUCAGGUUCUCAUGAUGGUACCGUCAAGGUCUGGGAUAUAAGAGCAAACUCACCUAUAUAUACCAUAACAAGAGAAGAUCCAUCUGUGGUAAAAGGCGUUAAUGAUAAAGUGUUUGCUGUCAAAUGGGCUGAAAAAGUUGGUAUUAUUAGCGGUGGUCAAGAUAAAAAGAUUCAAAUCAACAAAGGGGACGAUAUUUUUAAACAAUAA